AUGGCCGACUUUUCCACAGCAGGAGGCAAGGACGACCCCAAUGGACUGAACGACCCACGCCCGACGAUUCUGCAAAUCGAGCUCUCGGUUGCUCUCGGCAUCUUCGCUUUCUUGACUUUCUGCUGGUUGCGGCCGCGAUGGAGUGGUCUCUACGCUGCGAGAAAGAAGACAAAGGACCAGACAUCGUCCCUCCCAGAUCUCUCCAACAGCCUCUUCGGAUGGGUACUGCCUUUAUGGCGUAUCACGGAGCAACAAGUGCUUGCCUCCGCCGGCCUCGAUGCCUACGUCUUCCUCCGCUUCUUCAAGCUCGCCAUCAAGUUCCUGUCCAUCACCCUCUUCUUCUCGCUCGCCGUCAUCAAGCCCGUCCACGACAGCUACCCAGACGACACCAAGAAGCAUAGGAACUCGACGACGCCCCUUGUGCCCGAUUACGACUACGACUACGAGCUGCGCAAGAGGGGCGAAUCGUGGGCGCCCCUGAAUCACUCUGCUCCGUGGAUGCCCGAGGUCGAGACCGACUAUCUGUGGAUGUACCCCGUCUUUGCCUACCUGUUCACCGCCCUCGCCCUCUACCUCAUCACCUCCGAGACGCGCAACAUCAUCGAAGUCCGUCAAGAAUACCUCGGCAGUCAGACGACCAUCACCGAUCGAACCAUCCGCCUCUCGGGCAUCCCGCCCGAACUACAGUCAGAAGAAAAGAUCAAAGACUUCAUCCAAGAGCUGGGUAUUGGAAAUGUCGACAGCGUCUUGCUGUGUCGGCAGUGGGCCGAGCUGGACAAGCACAUCAUGGAGAGGAACGACCUCCUCCGUCGUUUGGAGGAAGCAUACACCGUCUACCAGGGCCACCGUUCUAUCGAGCGCAACUUGGAAGCGCUGCCCAUUGCGCAGCCUGUACCGCCUGGCCCUUCGGUCAAUCCCGAGGACGAAGAGCACGACGACGACGAGCACCGCCGUUUGCUCCGUUCCGACGAGUCAAUGCCUGCCCAGACACCCUACGCCAGAGUGCGACCCAAGGCCAAGAUCUACUUUGGUCGCUUCAACCUGCGCAGCCGCCAGGUGGACGCCAUAGACUACUACGAGGAGAAGCUCCGCGUGUGCGACGACAAGAUACGCGAGCUGCGCGACAAGACGUUCGAGCCCGUCCCUCUGGCCUUCGUCACCAUGGACACGGUUGCUGCCUGUCAGAUGGCCUGUCAGGCUGUGCUCGACCCUUCGCCGCUGCAGCUGCUCGCAAAUCCCAGCCCCGCGCCGGCCGACAUUGUGUGGACAAACACCUAUCUUAGCAGGAAGAGCCGCAUGUUCCGCUCAUGGGCCAUUACCGCCUUCAUCGUGCUGCUGACCAUCUUCUGGUCCGUCACCUUCGUCCCCAUCGCCACCUUCCUGAACGGCGACACAAUCCGCGACGUCUUGCCGUCUCUUUCCGACUUCCUCGACGCACACCCACGCAUCGAGUCUUUCGCAACCAACCAGCUUCCCACCAUUGCCGUCACCCUGCUCAACGCCAUUGUGCCCUAUCUAUACGACUGGCUUUCCAACUGUCAGGGUAUGACCUCUCAAGGCGAUGUCGAACUUUCCGUCAUCUCAAAGAACUUCUUCUUCACCUUUUUCAACUUCUUCAUCAUCUUUACCGGUCUUGGAACGGCUUCAAACUUCUACGAUCGUUACAAGGAUAUUGGCAAGAAUCUUAGAGACACAACUAGACUGGCCUGGACCCUCGCCUCUUCUCUGCAGGAACUGCUCGACUUCUACACCAACUACAUCAUCCUGCAGGGUCUUGGUCUGUUCCCCUUCAGGCUUUUGGAAAUCGGCACUAUGGCUCUGUAUCCCAUCGGCCUCAUGGGCGCAAAAACCCCCAGAGACUACGCCGAGCUCAUCCAGCCUCCUCGCUUCAGCUAUGGUCUCUAUCUUCCUCAGACUCUUCUCAUCUUCAUCAUAUGCAUCGUCUACAGUGUCUUGCGAGACAGCUGGAAAGUCAUUCUCUCUGGGCUGAUCUACUUUGUCAUUGGAAGCUUUGUCUACAAGUACCAGCUUCUUUACGCCAUGGACCAUCGUCAGCAUUCUACCGGCAAAAGCUGGGUCAUGAUCUGCGACCGUGUACAGAUCGGUGUCAUUGUCUUUCAGAUUGCUGUCGGUGGUCAGCUCGCUCUCAAGAAAGCUCUGUUGAGAAGUCUCCUUUUGGUUCCCCUUGUCAUCGCAAGCGUAUGGUUCUUCUAUGUAUAUGGAAGGACUUACAAGCCUUUAAUGGAGUUCAUCGCUCUGAAGAGUGUCCGAAGCGCAGAACAUGACGACUAUGCAUCAGAAGUACAACACGGAGCUGACUCUGACAAUCAUCACCGUUAUCAACGAGAGUCCAACCACGGCUUGACCAUUGAUGAGUCGAGAGAGCGAGGCAUGCGCUUCGUCAAUCCAAGCAUGAUUUCUCCACUUGAGAAGGUCUGGAUUGCAGAUAGCAUGCGCAACCGUAAUAGACCUGCGCAAGCUCCAGUCGGCGACGAAGCUGCUUAG